AUGGUUUCCCUUUGAAAAUGAGCUUAACACAUUCAACAAUAAAACGAAUAAUUGGCGAAUGGGUCUCGAAACUCAACUUUUCGCUCCAAAAAGGUCGCCUGGAGAGCCGCUGGACUCAACUACGUUCGCUUCUCGCAAAUCGCCGCCCAGGUCACUCGUCAGUGCGCCAAGGUAGGCAAAAGCGCUCCAGCGCCAAAGUUUUAGCCUAGUUUUUCUUAGUCUCAGCUUUCUAGGCCAUGCAAGUUUGUAAAUCUGGAAAAGUACAAUAUGAAAAUGUUUUCAGGGAAGCGCCACCGCGAAGAAGACUCCGGCCACUCUGAAAACUUCGAACUGGGAGAACGGAAAGGCCGUCGGAAAGAAGGAAUAAACGUUUCCGUUUCGUUUCUCGAAAAUCCCCAUUUCUUGAAUAGAAAAAACAUGUUUUUGUAUGUCACUGCGCAGUUUUAACUCUCAAUAAAUUUUUAGAUCUGUUUUUUGCCGUAAAGUUGAUAUUUCGUGAACUUUUCACCGAAGAUAGACGUUUUGUUUUGAGUGAUGGGGCGGGGUGCUGUCAUUUUUCGCAUUUAAAACAAACAACCAAAGAAUGGGUUUGGUUAUAUCACUUGUUGCGCCGUUUUGUCUGAAAAUGUAGGUUCUUGUUGAAUACGCGACUUUAAGCGGGGAAUUUUUACGGGAAAACUUAAAACAGGGAACUUUUGAGCAGAAUUUGAACAUUUCUAACUUUUCAGUUAUUUUUUCCAGAAUUCCGACGAAGAUUCGCGUAUUCUGUUGGGUCCUGCCCCGAAAACUCGCACCAUCACUCAGACUUUCGAGUCUCGUGACGACGGAAUAAAGUACUUGUCGAAGCACGGACCGCCCACAGUUCUCGGCCCGACGCCCGGUGCAAAUCCGGCGCCGAGGAAUCCGAUUUCCGGCGUUCCGGACAUUCAUCCGCCCAGCGACACUGUAAAUAACUGAAGACAUUGGAUUAUUUCGGAAAUUCUUCGUUUUUAGGCGACAAAAGUGGCGGAAAGUUCGACGUACGACACUCUUCAGAUGAAUCCCGACGUCGAUUGGAGCAAGAAGACGAUGGCGGAGGCGCCGAUUGAUAAAAAGAGAAAAUAA